AUGGCUGCCCUCGUUCAAUCAUACCCACAACAGUCCAGUACCGUCACAAUGCUUCAAACACGGCCGUCUUCUGCCUCUGGCAUCCUCCAGACCGGCCCGCAGACUCAGUCUCACCACCCAUACCCUUCAAGCCAGCACAUGCAGCGAAAUAGCUUCCACGGCAUGAACACUGGUAGCAUGGGUAUGUCAAGCUAUCGAGGACAGACGGUUGCACCUAUUGCUCCCUAUGCAUUCACCAGCACACCCAAUCUUGCUCUGCCUGGUCAGCGAACACAGGGCCCUCACCUUCGACAAGAUCUGAGAACCUCCUCUGCUCCCAGCAUUCCGACUUUCGAGUCUGGGUAUGGUAGCAAUAGGUCACGCUAUCCUCCAAAGCCUUCGGUGUCUACAAUUUCUUCCUCUUCUUCCGACCUCUCUUCAUUGAGCCACAAGUCUGGAAGUAGAGAUGAUUCUGCAAUUGUGGGAACUGCACGUGUUGUUUCAGGCACUGCCAGACCUCACUCUACAAUCAUCACUUCUUCCCACACCCUUUCGCCUCCAACUAUAUCCACGCCCGUCAAGCCUUCCCCAGAUCGAUACCGUCGACCAAACAAUCGUCGGUCUGAGUCUGCAGAACAACCUGCCCAAGCUCAAACCUCAACAUCCACUGCCUCUAUACCGAAUGUUAUUCAAUUCUAUGGCAACCAUGCCCACCAGCCUACACCAAUUCAGUCGAGCCAGAGUCUCAACAACUUUCAGGUACCGCAAUUCUCUCGCUCACCUGCUGGCUAUACUCCUGGUGUGGCGGCCGAUGACAUGGUUUUGAGCCGGCAUACUGCUCAGGACCCUGCCAAGAGAUAUCGCCGUCGAAGUAUCCACACCAUCGACGCUGGUGACUUAGGUGGGCCCAUGUCGACAGGUUUAUUGCAGCAGGGAUCCCGACAGGUUAGCAGCGCGAAUGGUAGAAUUGAUCAGCAUCCUCUUCGGAGCUCACCCGUUGUGGGAAUUCGGCCGGUUUCCUCACACGGACGCAAUGGCAGCACAGAGAGUGUGAGCUCUGCUCGCACGGGCAGUGGCCACCAUUCACGACCGAGUUCGGCCGCCAAGCGAGAUGCAAGCCUAUCAAUGCCACUAAACCCCGCCCCAACUCUAUCUUCAUCCUCAGCAGCCUCGAGCCCAUCCACCGAACAGACUUCAAUCCGACAAGAUGUGCCACGACUUGUAAACAUUCCACCGCGCGCUUCAUCUACCGAUGCCGCGAAGCGAAUUACCAAUCCGUCCCCUUUGUCCAAGCCGAUGACAAUGAGUCCCGAGCCCCCAUCCGCCUCUAAGGACUCGUUCGCAUCGGCCGUGAAUGCUGCCCUCCAACAGCCAUCAAAGCCCACCUAUGCGCAGGUUGCUAAUGGCUCUAACUCUGGCAGCCCUGCUGCGAAGCAGCUUGCGGCCUUGAAUGACAAAGAGGGCAAGAAGAGCAAGACAUCGCGUCUACGACGAGCCUUCUCAUUCGGCAGCGCUGCAGAACUCCGACGAGCGUCAGCAGAGAAUAGUGCCGCGAACAAUGCCGCAGAUCGUUCGAAGAUGCGAAAGGAAAAAUAUCAGGAUGAGCAGGAAGCUGAGCAGGCUCGAAUCGCUGAACAGCAGGAGGCGGGCGGUAUCGGAUCGGGCAUUUAUUCAGGGCAAGGCAAUUUCUUCACUGGGUCGACCGAUAACCUUUCUAUUUCUUCCACUGCGUCCUCUGCCUCGAUUAUGAUUCGGAAGAUGGGCAAAGGAAUGAAGAAAUCGACUCGAUCUCUUGUUGGAUUAUUCCGGCCCAAAUCUGUUAUUGGCGUCCCUGCGGCAGACUCUGCUCUCCCCCAAGCCAGUCAGGCUCAGGUUUCAAUGGUGACUGUGGAAGCUGAACGGGAGAAGGUUAAUGUUAAUGUGAACCCCCACGAUCAGGCUGGUGGUGGUACGGGAUUCCCGAGGCUGGAGCGGAAUUCGCUUGAUGCAGCGAAUGUUAAUGUCACUGAACGCCUGGGCAGCUCGAGCACCGAGAACUCGGCUGCCAGAAGAAGCAUUGUUGGAGGAGAGAAGGAGCGUGCUGAGGUUCUUGCUGCAGUCAAGAAAGGCAUCUUGAAGCGCUCUGGUACCGACUCCGGCAACAACUCUCCUACCAUCCGACCUUCAGAUAAUAAAACGCCAAACUUUCAAUUACCACACAUUCCACAAGUCAAUGACUCUCCCAACUCCUCAGCACCUAGCACACCAAACGACGAGCAACAAGGUCAUCGACGAACUGGUUCCGUAACACUUGGGGGAGAAGACUACUUUAUGUCUGCGCUGCGGUUCCGUGGUGAUUCAAAGAGCGUUCCGGGCACACCUCAAGGCUCCGUCGGCAAACGAAGUGCUACAUUCAGCCCGAGAAUCCAAUUCCAUGAUACCUGGCCGAGUGGAGAGUAUGAUCGUCGGGGUGAAAUUGCAACUUGCAAUCGCCUGACGCCAAUGCUUGCCCAGCAGAUCAAAGAGGAGCUCAACACAUUCAAGAUGGAAAUGGAAGUCCACGAGAAUUCCAAGAUAUACACACAUUUCUUCUAA